ACCCACCAGUACAAGCACUUCCUAUUCAUCUUUUUAAUACAAAUAUUUCCCAAUAUUCACGCUCAUAUAAUACUUCAUCUGUAUCACUUUUGGAUCGAUAUUUCUUUCGACCACCUGAGUCCUUAUUUGAUAAACUUAAAUAUACCGAAUACUAUGAACAAUAUUCUCUAUAUCCUUUUAAACAACAAGACAUACAUGAAGUAUCCCCAGGAACUGGUGAACUCUUUUAUCUAAGAUGUAUUUUAAUGCAUCGUGCAGUUAGAACAUGGGAUGAUAUUAAAAUAUUUAACAAUAUUGUAUAUUUAACAUACCAAGAAACUGCACGUGAGAUGGGACUAUUUGGCAAUGAAAAUGAAAGUAUAUUUGCUAUGAAAGAAGCCGUUGAAAGCUUCUCAACACCAGCACAAUUACGUUUUCUGUUCACACAACUAAUUUUAGAUGGUGCCCCUGCACUUGAUAUUUGGCAAAAUUUUAACUCAAACCUCUCUGAUGAUAUACAUAGUAAUAAUCAUAAUGCCAUUAAUAUUGCACUUCAACAAAUAGCCUCUAUACUUGCUGAACAUGGCCGACGUUUGCGUGAUUUUGGUCUUCCAGAACCACAAACAUGGACUAAAGAA